AGCGUUGAAUGUUCCUGAUGAUGCCAUUGAUUGUUUGACCAGUCAGCUAGCUGCUCUUGAUUCCACACAACAUGACUCUCCAUUGACAUCCCAGAGACUUGUGUUUGUGAAAGAUUAUGUUCAUAAGAGUACUUUUAUUGAUGGGACCUGUAAAGUGGACGCUGACACAACUUCCUCUUCUUGGGGCUUGUAUGGACACGAAGGUUCAAGACUGCAGGAGCUGAUUAAGGCCGUGGAAGAGAAAAAUGCACAGAUCAUAGAGCUGGAGAAACACCUUUACCAAGAGAGACAGAAUACAGAAUACUUGAUAGAAAAGUUGAGCAAACUGGAAGCUGACCUUGAGGAGCAGAAGCAGAUGGCUGAAAAAGUGGCCACAAUAUUGGAGGAGAGAGAGUGCCAGUUGAAAGAGGCCCACCAGAAGGCAGUGGAGAGUGAGAAACUGUUCAGGGAGCUCACAGAAAAGGAGGGCAGCUUGAAAAAUGAGGCCCAUGAGGAUGGGCUGUAUGGCAUGCAGGAAAGUGAUGUAGGUGACAGUGGAUUUGCUGCUUCACCUUCUUCCAUGGAAGAGGAAGUGCACAAGCUCAAAGUAGCACUGGAUCAGGCCACUAUAUCUUUGAGAGCAGUAGAGCAGCGUGAGUGCAAAUUACGAGAACAGCUUGAAGAGAUAGAGCAUCAGCACCAGGAAGCUCUCGAAGCUGUGCGGCAGGAGCUGGAACAUGAGGCCCAGGUAGAACGUGAUUCACUUCAGUCUGAGUUUCAGGUUCAGCUGGAGGUUGAGCUGAGACGACAGGCAGCUGAACUACAACGCCAGUUUGUAGAGCAGACUGCCCGGACAUUAGGCAUAACUGGUGAGUCAUGUUCUGCUAUAUCUGCCCAGGGGAGGAGUCUGCUCUGUCCAGCACUGCUCUUGAAACUUCUGUUCCGCCUCAUUUCCAAACAGAAGAAACUGUGCAAGAGGCAGUAUUUACUCAUGAGGCAUGUUUGGCGUCACAUGGGGCUGGUUCUAGCAGGAUGUCUGGGGAAAUUCCAUUAUCAGGAAUCAUAACUGAACACAUCAGCACUGAUGUAUCGCAGACUUUGGUUGGUGCUGAUAUUGAUUCCUCAAAAGAAGAGCUAAAAUCAGACUUCAACAAACAAGUGGAAAAGCUAAAGCAGACCUUUGAGGCAGAGAAGACCCAAAUGAGCAAUACUUACCUGGAGCAGAUUGAAAGGCUUCAGAAUCAACUGUUGGAGACAGAGGAAAAAUACAACAGAUUACAGGAAGUCAUAGAGGAACAUGAAGGUGCGGGUGUGGAGCAGCUACUGAAGGAUCGCUAUGACAUGGAACUGGAGCUAGCUAAGAGCCUGAUGCAGAAGGAGUUUGAUGACACACUUGCUGCUGAGAAGAAAAAAUUUGUGGAGCGACACCGCCAGCUCAUGGAUGGAUUCAUGUCCGAGCAGGAAGCUGAAGCAGAAAAGAUAAAAGAACAGCACCAGCAAGACCUCAACAAGCUCCAAUCCUCUUUUACUGUGAAGUAUGCGACCAUCAUAGCAGAUCUCCAUGGCAUGAUUAAAGAACAGAGACAGGAACUGUCAGUCUCAGAUGAUGAGUGCCAGGAAGUAUCCUCAGAAAAGGAGCUAACAAAAUCAAAGGAGGAAGAGAAGGAAACAAAUGUGAAGGAUGAUGAGUAUGCAGAAUCGGAGGACAGAGAUGAUUUAAUUGCAUCUGAGUUGCACAGUUUGCGUCUUGACUUGACUGAAUUGUGUCAGUUAGUGGUCAGGCUUAAGACAAAACAACAGAAGGCAGUAGAUGAACUGAGACUACAGUAUGAGGCUAGGCUCUCAGAACUCGAAGCAGAGCAUCAAGACCAGUUGGAGGCUGCAGCCCUUGACACUGAUGUCUUAAAAUCAGAGCUGGAUUGUGCUCUUGCAGAGUUGGAAUCUCUUCGACAAACAUCCCAGCAGACCACACAGUUAAAAACUGAGAAAAUGUUAAGCACAGGGUCUGCAACUCUGAAUGAAUCCAGCAGAGAGGCCUUGCAGUCUGUAUCAGAAAUAAGCUUUGCCUUGCUUCCACAAUUUGAGAGGGCCAGUCAAAGUGGUAAAGAUGGCAAUCAAACUCCUGAUAUACACAGCAGCCUAGAAUACGAAGAGACAGACGAGGAGGGUAGCCUUCACAGCUUCUCUUCUCUGCUAGGCAAGACCAGAUCUUUUGCUAAUGGUGUUAAAACUCCACUGCCUUCUCCAGAGCCAGAACAACGAAUCAAGCAGUUAAAGGCAGAGAUUGAACAACUUACUCAAGAACUGGAACAGAAGCAGGCAUCCAUCCUUAAAGACACCACAGUGUUAGCAUCCUCAUCAUCACCACCUGCAGAAGCUGCAGGCAGAACAGGCAGAAGUAAAGAGAGUGAGUCAUUGGUAGCCAUGCUGCAGUCAGACCUCGACAGGAUCAGUGCAGAGAGAGACACCAUACAGCAGACCAACAACCGCUUGCUGCAGCUGCUAUCCGACUCUAUCCACACUUAUGUAGAGGUAGAAGACAGAAUUAAUCGUCGCCUGCAAACCAUAGUGUCAGCAUCAGGGCCUCGCCCUCAUUCUCCUUGCCCCCUUCCACUGGAGAACCAUGACAACUUAUUGGCCUCUGGUGGAGCAGGUGCGAUGGCUAGCAGCUACAAUGUUAUAUCAAAAGGCGCUGGAAUCAUGUCAUCUCCACGCAGUGAACGCAGCUGGCAACCAGGUGAGGCAGACAGCAGCUUUACCCUAGAGGAGACUUCCAUUCUGUCCAUUGCCACGGAUGAAGGGUUGGAUGUAUCACAGAGACUGACUGACUCCAUUUUCACUGGCCCAGACAUUGGUGCUGAGGGAGAGGAAAUAGUAGCAGAUGCCAGAGGCAGACUACAGAGUGCUGUCAGUCACUUGUUGGACCUGAUUGGUCAGACAACACAGCAGCUGAUGGAGGCUAAGAAAACUCAAGCAGACCUCCUGGAGUCACUUGCUGCUCGUUCUAAUGACAGUAACAUUAUGGCAGCACGCAUUCAAGACCUGGAAGAGCAGUUUCGACAGGAAGUGUCAGCAAAAGAGUACUUCAGUCUGGAAUUGCACAAAGCAGAAGGCCUAAUCAAAGGUUACAGCAGUGAGCGGGAGGCUAUGGAGGAACAAAUACAACUGUUGGAGGAGCAAAAGGAGGUGCUGGCCCAGAGCCUUGAGACAACACGCAGUCAGCUGCAAGACUUCCAGGAUGCAGCAGGGGAGCUGGAGGCCCGGCGACAAGAUGUUGAACGUCACCAAAUUCUACUACAACAGAAUGCUGGCCAAGAGGCUCAAGAAUCGUCAAUGACAGGCGGUGAUGCCACGAAGUCAGAAGAGCAAGCGCUCCUUGUUGAAGUGAACAUGGUGAAACAGGAGAGACGGGAACAGACUUUGCAGCUUCAGCAUCGUUUGGACCAGACACAGCAGUCCUUGCAAGACAGGGAGGCUACUCUAGAGGAAAUGGAACGAGUCUUUCAGCGCCAGAGAGAAGAGAUGAGAGAACAAUUAGAGGAUUUGAGAUUACAGUUAGAGAAUACAGAGAGACAGCUAAAGUCAAACAAACAGUUUCUGGAUGAACAGAUGAAUGAGCGAGAGCUUGAGAGAGAAGAGUUUCAACGUGAGAUUGAAAAACUGAGGCAGCAGGUGCAAGACAAAGAUAAGCAGGAAGGGUCACAUGUUUCUCUGCAUCGAGAGAUUCAGGAUUUGACUGAACAUUUACAUGUACGAGUAGAGAGAGAGGCAGUCAUGCACCAAAGAAUGCAGGAACUACAGCAGACCUUACAGGACCGUGACCUCAGUGCUCAGGACUUGCGCAUAUGGAUUACAACCUUAGAAAAGGAACUUGAUCAACAGGGUGAUGUUGAGCAGCAACUUAAAGAUCGGAUUCAGAAGCUUGAACAGCAGCUGAGUCAGGAAGAUGGUGAUGCUCAGUCUGUCAGAUCCAGCUCACCCGUGGCAACACCUAGACCAGGCUCUUCAGGUUCUCUUAACCUGUCAUUGAACCAACCCACCACACAGCAGGCCAUCAGCUAUGUUUCUCUUGAAGAAGAGCUUAGAAAGUCUCGACAAGCAGAGGAGGAGCUGACCCAUGAAAAGGAAGCUUUGAAGAACACUGUACAGCAGCAGCUCCUCCAAAUCUCAGCCUUGCGUAAUCAGCUAGAUGACCUUCGCCACUGGAGGGGGCCACCUGAACCUUCAUCCACAACCAGCACCACAGCAAAUCUGCGUGAUGAGCUUGAGUCUGAAAGAGAAGAAGUACAAAAGAAGGAGGAAAAGAUCAUUGAACUCAAAUCUACUCAGGAGAACCUGGAGAAACAGCUGGCAGUAAAGCAAAGGGAAUUGGAACAGCUGACAAAACACCUGGAGGAGAUGCAGCAUAAAUUUGUCAGUGUGGAUCAUAUUGUGGAGCUGGAGAGAGAAAGAGAUUCCUUGAAGAGUCGUGUGGGAGAACUGUCUGCAGCCCAUGCAUUCCCUCCAGCCCUUUUAGAAGAAAAAAAUGCAGAAAUUGAUGAGCUUAGGCUACAGCUUAACAAAACAGAGGCUCAUCUAAAAGAGAAAGAAGAGCUGAUUUCAGAUCUUCAGGAUACUAUGCUCAGUUUGCAGCGAGGGGAGACUUGCCUUGAUGUUUCCCUGCCUUUCAACGAACCUGUUUCCCUUAAUGCCUCUUUCACAGAGCGGUUGUUUGCCUUUCAGCCACCAGCUGUUGUUGAACAACCAUCCCUUCUGACCACACUGGCACAAGAGCUUGACCAAACAGUGUCAGAACGAGAGACAGAGGUGGCAGAGCUGACCACCCAGGUGGACAGGCUUACACGUGAAGUGAUGCAUGUCAAGGAACAGUUGCAGGAGGCAGUGGCUGCGCUGCAUCAGAAAGAGGAGGAUUUAAGUCAGCUUCAAGAAGAAAAGGUCCAGAAACAGGAGGCCAUGGUGGAGAAGGACUCACGGCUGGAACAGUUAAUGGUGCAGGUGAAAAGCCUUCAGACAGAGAUCACCAGUCUGACAGCAUUUCAGAUGGAGCUACAGAAAGACUAUGACACAGUUCAGAACAUGCUGGAAGAAAAAGAACAAGAAAUCGAGUCCCUUACUCGCGAGUAUCUUGAAACACGCUCCCAGCCUGAUGGCUCUGAUGUGGCUGAACUGGAGACAGAGUUGGUGGUGGCACAGAAGAAGCUCCAGGAGCAAGGAAACAUUAUAGAAGAAAAGGAGGAGGAGCUGUAUGAACUGCGAGACCAGCUGGAGGCCAUGGAUUCCCUCAAGGAGGAGGUGAAGUCAUUGAGUGCAAUUCUGGCUGAGAAGGAAGUUGAACUGCAGAAAGUAAAGAAGCUGUAUGCAGAAGCACAGAGAGAGCUGAAGGAACUUCAGGUGACAAGACACGACCAUGCUGAUCAUCCUCCAGAUGAUGCUCUCAGAUCAUUGGAGGAACAGAUAAGCAAACUAAAGGCAGAAGUCCAUCAUCUUGAAGAAUCAGUGAAAGACAAAGAGGAGUUUAUUAGAAAUUUGGAGGAGGAAAAAUCCUCUGAAUUAGAUUCAUAUGAAAAGGAAUCAGCUGCCAUCAGACUUCAUCUGACGGAGGCCUUAAAUGAGCAGACCACGAAGGUGACCCAACUGGAAAUACAGCUGGCAGACAAAGCGUGCAGUCUUCAACAAGCAGAAUCUAUAAGAGACCAAGUGUUGCAAGCAAAGGAAAAAGAGGCUACAAUAUUUCAUGAAACUCUGCAAAGUAAGACUGAGAUAAUUGAGAAACUAGAAAAUGAAGUCAUGUCACUGCAGCACCAGAUAACUGAAAAGGAUUUGUGCAUAACAGAAUUGAAAGUGAAGAGUCAGGAACUGCAGGACCAGGUCAAGGAGAUGUCACAUCUGGAGGAGCAGCUGCAUCAGCUGUCAUCUGUCCCAAAGAAUGCAGCAACAGAUGAAGGCAAGGCUUUGCAAAACGAACUUGCACAGGCUUCAGAAAAGCUAAUUACCUUAACACAGCAGUUAACUGAGACACAGAUACACCUGGAGCAGACAUCAAGUCAGUUAGCAGAGAAGAGAGAUCAUAUUCAGCAGCUUCAGGCGGAGAUCCAAACCCUGCAGCUCCAAGCUCACCACCAACAUACCGAGGACAAAGAACUGAAUGUCACUCCAGAGAGUUUCUCCUACCUCAAAACCCAGGAGAGCAGUGACGAUGGAGAACUUCACGAUGACGGGCUGAAGGAUUUUCUAGCCAAGGCACAGCAGAUGCAGAUGACAGUAAAUGAAAGCCUGUCUGCUUCUUUACCCAUGUCUUCAGAAAUGUCACGUUUGUCCCGCUGGGACUCUGAGCCAGGGCUGUCCUCCACAUAUCCCACAGAGCUGGUUUCACUCACUUUUGGAACGGAGACAUGGAUGCGACGUCAGCAAAAAGAGAUGGCAGCUAAAAAUCGAGAGUUAGCCUUGCUGCGGGAAGAGCUUGAGGGUUGGCUGAGGAGGAAGGGGACAAGUCGGGACUCCACUAUCUCUACAUCCACUUUACAGAAGCUACAUGAAAAAGAGUCCCUAAUCAUAUCCCUGAAGAGAGAACUGAUAGAAACCAAAGCACUUCUGGUGUCAGCAGAAAAGAGAGCAGCAGAAACCUCAGAUAAUUUUUUUUCCAUGGAGCUUACCCCACAAACCAAGCAGCAGAUUGCUCAUUUGCGAUCUGAACUUCGUCUGGCCAAAGCUGCCUUAACAGCUCUGCAGAAACAUAGUCAGAGAGAUGGCUUGACCUCGGAUGUAGACAAAGAAGCAUCACAUGAAGAGCAAGAUAGGUCUCAGAAGCUUGAAGCAGAACAUCAGCUACAUAAGUCUUCAGCAAUCGUGUCUACAAAAGAUUUCCUACAGAAGGUGCAGGAGCUGAGAGAAGAGAUAACGCUAGAACACCAGAAGCACAUCCAAGACAUUCAGGAGGCAGCACGCCAGGAUGCUGAGAUGAAGAUGACAGAGAUGCAAGUGCGACAUGACCAUGAGGUGCAGCAACUUCGCAGUCACCAUGAACGGAAGCUGGAGCAAGCACUAACUCAUCAGCAGCAGGAGCUGGAGAAGCAACACAAGACUGAGCUGAACAGUCUGCGUGUUCAGCACCAGCAGGAGAUUGACAGACUGCGUUCUGAGGAGCUAGCUUCUCUGACAGAUGGCUCGGUGGUGAGCCGGUUACGUGCAGAUGUGGGUGAAACCCAACAAAUGGAUGAACACUUGAUUGGCUCCUUCGCUUUGAGGGCUGAUGGCAGCAGUCAGGAUGACCUCAGCACUGCAGAAACAAGCAGCAUCAUGAGUGGAUCAGAAGAAGCAUUGCCCUCUCGCUUGCAGGCUCUUCUCACUCGACUCCGCCAAGCAGGAGACCAUAUCUUGUCCAUAUCAGAACUCAAUUUCCUUCUACAGCAUUUGACUCCACAAGGAGAGGUGUCAUGCCAAACUUUGCAAGAGGCCUUUGAAGGGGAGAAAUCAAGCUUGGUGAAGACAGCUAAUGCCCUGAAAGCACUGUUGAGUCAAGCAGACAGAGUUGGGUCUGGGCUUCAGGACACAGUGGAAGACUGGCGGUCUGAGUUGCUGCAUGCUCUUGUAGAAGUGUACCAACAUGAGCGCCUGGUUUUAGAGGCAGAACUGUACACACUGCGCCUUCAGCAUUCCAGCACAAGCACAGAAGAUGCCCUCAAACACUUUGAUAACCGCUUGCGUGAACAGGAACAGCUGCAUCAGUCUGGUCUUAAUGCUAUGUUGCGAGCAGAACGUCAGUCUCUGCUAGCUGAGCUGGAUGACUUGCAUGCUCGCCUCGUUCGACAGCGUACAGAACAGCAAGAACAGCAGUUACGCCUGUCAGAGGCUCUUGCCAAGAUGGAAGAACAGGCAUCAAACAAAGAGUGGAAACUUCAAAGGGAAGUUCAAGUCCUGGAGUAUAAAUUACAGCAAGAGAAAGUUAUCGAAGAUGACCUAAGAAAAGGAUUGGAAGCCGAAAGGCGACACACAACAGAGCUAUCUGCAGAACUAUCACGCAGCAAAGCAGCCCUCACUUCCCUGCAGUCAGAGUUGCAAACCACUCAGAUCCAACUGUCUCGUACUAAAGAUGCACUGGAAAGGGAACAGCAGAGGUUCACCUCAGUGACGGGUGAAUGGAGCACAUGUCUGGAUGCGCUUGAGGAGGAGCGCCAGAAGAAUAAUCGUCUGGCAGAAAUGCUGGAGACUCUAAGGCGCCAGCAACACAAUCUUGAAACUGAACUUGGUCGCAAAGAGGCCAUAUACAAGGAACGAGAAAGCACAGAGAGCAAGAUCAUCAAGGAGCUGCGUGCUGAACUUGCUUCCCAACGAGAGCAGCUACGGAAAACCAGUGAAUCAGCAGAAAAGGAGCGGAGAGAACGACAGCAAGCACAGACAGCAGCCAAUGAAGCAGAGCAAACAACCUUGACUCUGCGUCAUGAAGUGGACAAAGUCCAGCACCAGACAAAAAAGGUUCUGGAAGGGGAGUCCAUUAAACUGCAGGAGCUGCAGAACAUGCUGAAGCAGGAGCAACACCAAGUCACUGAACUGCAGGAGUCUUUGGAAGAUAGAGACAGCAUCAUAGCCCGCCUAACUCGUGAGGUGAACAAAUCGGAGGACCUCCAUGGUCAGGUGCAGCAGCUCCAGAGAUCUUUGUCAUCAACAGAACAUCAUUUAGAGACAGAGCGCCAAAAAGUGAGAGACCUGACCAAUCUACUAGACAAGGAGCAUGAAGAACGUGGGUCUGUACUGCAGCGAGAGAGUGAGCUGACAAAACAGAUGCGCUCAGAGCUCAACGCCCUCAAGGCAGAAACUAGUGAUGUUCGCCACCAGUUAGAACUUGAGACAUCACGAGCAGAAGGUCUUCACUUGGAAUUAGAACGUGCACAGUCUGAACUUAGAGCUGUGACACAGCAUUCAGGUGCUACAGAGCGUCAGUUACAGGCAGAGCAGACAAUCACCUGGAGCAAGUUACGAGCAGCACAACAUGAAAAGGAUGAGCUGCAAAUUAAAGUUCACCAGUUAGAGUUAGAACUUGAGAGGAUGCAGGAGAAACUGCAGGAUCUGGAGUUGGAGCUGGAUCGUUCACACCAGCGAGAGUUAGAGGCCCGACAUGAUAUUGAGCGCUACAAACUGUACCCUUCAGUCAGUCCUCGCAUGGCAUUCUCAGAUUGCCAGGCAGAAUCCAGUGACACACAGAUGCAGGCUCGUCUCAGUGCCUUCUUGAGGCAGCUACAAGCCAUUGGGGAUCGUCUGCAAGUAUUGGUGGUCCGUCAGCACAAUCAUAACAGUGCCACUUGCAAUGUCAACAAUUCUGGGGAAACCAUUGGGAACAAGGACAGUUGUUCUGUGGAAUCUCUGUUACAGGAGUUGCAGGUCUUACAAGGAAAAAUGUCUGAAAGGGACCAACUGGAUGGAGGAGAUUUUAAUCAGAUUGUUGAACUGGAGCAGUUGAAAAUGAGGGUAACAACCCUGAUUAAGGAAAAAAAAGAACUACAGCACCGCCUUGAUCUUCUACAAAAUGAAGACAAUAUCCGAACCCCCAGCAAAGCAUCAGGUACAAAUACGACCGCAAGCACCAGCUCCAGGCAGCGGAAACAGCAGCCUGUUGCCAUCCCUCAGUAUUUAUCUGAUGCACCUUCUGAUGAUGAGGCUAUAUAUGAACGCACUAUUUGGGCCAGUGAGCGUCUCAAUCUUCAAAUGGCACUUGACUCAGCAGAACACGAGAUUGAUCGCCUGAAGAAAGAGCUGCGCCUUUUCCGUGGGCGAUAUGAUGCUGAGGGAUUUGUGAUGGAGGCUGAUAGGGAUAAGAUGCAGCGUCUGUAUGGCAAGUACUUGCGGGCAGAAAGUUUUCGCAAGGCUCUUGUGUAUCAGAAGAAAUACCUGCUGUUGUUGUUGGGUGGAUACCAAGAUUCUGAGCAGGAGACACUGGCCAUCAUAGCCACAAUGGGUGGACAGCCCUCAUCUACACUUGAUUUGGCUUACAGGCGUGGCCAUCGCCGGUUGUACACCAUCUUUCGUAGUGCUGCUCGAACAGUUGUAGCAAUAUUUAGAAUGAAAUAUCUUGUACGCAAGUGGAAGCGAGCAACGAGGGUUGGUUCACCCAUAGUCAGUGGUCGUGUGAAUCAGCAGUAUGGUUAUGUGGCCACACCACAAAGUUUCACUCAACCCAACUUUGUGGAUCAUCCUGACGACCAUUGUUCAACCCCCUCAGCAACAUCAUUGUAUGUCCACACUUUGACAAGGGGCUCAUCUAAUGGAAAUGCUGUGUCAUUACACUCCCACAACCCCAUCUCACGCCUUACAGAUGAUGGGGGUGCAUCAGGGGACUACAGCAGAGUAAGAUUCAACACUCCACCUACCAAAGAGUUCACCCAUCCAUUACGACCAUCCAGUUCUCAUUUAUCCACAAGUGCAAGGAGGCCCUUGCUUCAUGUCCUGGACCCUUCAGAAAAUGCUAGGAGCAGUGUGACAGCAGAUAGCGGAGUUCCUAUGGGAGCUAUCAGUGGGGAUGCUGCACAUACAUUUGGUGGGGGAGGUGAUGACUUUAUUCAACGCCUGGAAAAUCUACAGAGCAGAUUAUCUUCACAAAAUGGAGCCACUCCUAAAAGACCAGCCUGGAGGUAGCAGAGGCCACCUGAAGAUAUAACUGCCACUGCCACAUCACCAUCAACAUCAUUCUCAUUUUAUCACCAUCUUCACCUGCAGUGCUGUGCUUACCAUGUUGAACAUUUUCACAAUUCCCUCCAUGUCUGUUAUAUAUGCCUUGUUGGAGACUUUGGAUGCUUCUUGGCUUUUACAACCACAAUAUUCUGAGUGCAGUUUCCAGCACUUGUCUAUCACUUCGAAAAUUUUUGGAACCAAAUGAUGUUUUAGAGUUUGACUGUGAUCGCAAGUUUUUCUUUUUCAUUUUUUUUUUUCAUUUGGCUACGAUUUGAAAGUGAGGUUCAUGUAUUAUUUUCUCCUACUGAGUAUUUCUUACCAAGCUGCAAAACUCAUUUAUGGUUUAUGGUUUGUGUUUAGGCAAAAGCUGUUUGAGGCGCUUCUUUGACAUCUAUUCAGGACAACACAAAGAAAAGCAUUUUAAAAAUAUGGUCUCUGUAGAUUUUCUAUAGUUUUUUUUUUUCAUUCGUUCAGCUAUUAUAACAAGUGCUAAAAGGUAAUAUAUGUCAAACUUUCAAAUGGAUUUAAACCGACUAUUUUUCUGCAGUUUUUUUUUUUUAAACAACCUUAUAUAAGCUCAUGUGAAAUGCUCACUUUCCAAGAGAGUCACUUUCUGUCCACCGUCCACCACCUCUUAGCUCCUCAUCUUCUCAUCCCUUUCUGUGAAGCUGUCAUUCAAGGUCAUUUUACAUCUGGCAAAGAGGAAUUUCAUCGGCAUAGUCAUUAUUUUCAGCUUCUGUGGUGAAAAUAAUAAGUAUAUUCUGUUCUGCAUCAGUCAGCUGUCUGCAUAAAAGAAACGACUGUUUGCAGCUUAAGACAUUACAGAAAUAGUAACAUUAGAAGUGAGAGGUAGCAGCCAUUGCUGAAAAUAGAUCGUCAUGAAAAGAAGAUUUGUUCUUGUACUACACAGUCUAAUUUUGUAUUAUUAUAAUAAUAAACAUGUGAUUUAUAUAUCGCAUGAUCAUGCUCAUGAAGGAGCAUGCUUUCAGCACUUGAGACAAGAAUGAGACAUGGACAGCAUAUGAUGGAUGGAAAGACAAACAACUGUGCAGAGAAGUAAUAAAAGACAAACAUAGAAGAUGCAAAAAGGAAUUGGAGAACAAACAGUAAGGAUUGAGAGUUUCAUGAAUCUAAAGAGGAAGACAAGCAGGCAGACUAGUCAAUAGAUGGAAAAAGUAAAAGGGUUAGAAAGUGCAGUAUGCGAAUUGUUGUUAGGAGUAGUGCUUAGACAUGUUUUUUGGUGUGCAUUUAAAGAAUUACAUGGUGGGUAGGUGGCAGAUAUGGAAAGAGAGUUCCCUUUUAUCAGUUAUAUAUGGCUAAACUUACAGAUCUUCUUGGUGCUUAUUUUGCUCAGACCAAAAUAUUUAGCCGCAUUAUGUGGUUUGUACCUUGUUAUGCUCUAGUUCUCACUGAGCUGAGUUGCAAGUUUGCUGUCAAACAAUUGUUAUAAGGUAUGUGUUUAGAAGAAAAAGUUUAAGAUUUCUUAAAAUGCCACAGAUUAGAGGCAGCUGCAUUAUCUUUAUCUUGGAUGGAGGUGUACUGUGGAAAACCUUAUAGGGUCUGUUAUUUUAUUACUAAAGGUCACAUGUCAGAAAGCAUGUGAUAAUUGGCUUCUCUAUUACCACUUUAAGCCACUUUGAAUUGCCAACUUACCUUUCAGCUUAAAAAAAAAAACCACAGUUUUGUCCAUCAAAGUAUGAAAGAAAAUGUUAGCCGAUUUCCUUGACCUUAUGCAUGCUACUAAGUGCAAGAUAGCUUUUGUGUGCAAAAAAAGAUUUUUAAGAAUCCACUUGCAUUUAAUGCCAUUGCUGCCAUUUCUGCAUCCAUACUUUUGGAGUGAAAGUUUGAAUCCAUAAAUUUUGUAAACGGGGGCAUUGUUGUGUUGUGGAGACAAGGUUAUGAGACUGAGCUGCAGCAUGGUGGGACUUCCCGGGAGGAUUUGGAAAAAAUAAAAGGUUGAAACUUGAGUUGCAAUAUUGUGGGGAGAGGGAAAAGGCUACUGUACAGAGGACUAUGCUAGACAGCUUAGUGCUGUUUUCCCUUCAGUUUUGUUGUUGGGGUGUGAAGAGUUGCUGGUAGACUCAUUAUGCUGCAAAUCUGUGUGACAAGCAGCAUAAUAUAAAGCCAUUCAGUCAAACUAAACUUAUGAUUUUCUUUUCCCCAUUUACCUUAUCAUAAUUUUCAUUUAUGUUGUGAAUAUAGAUGUAGUCUGAUGAAUAGUAAAGUGUAGGAAAGACUGUACAGGAGACUUGUAAUCACUAAGUAGCUCAGCAUGGACUUGUAGCCCAGUCACAGACCUGUGAUAGUUCAAUGUGUGGUCUGGUUGAGAGCCAGUCUCCAGUGUUGAAAUAAGUUGAUUUCAUGGCAUAAAGGUUAAAAAUACAAAUCACGGACACAAUGUUUGGCCUUUUGUUUCUGCCUUUUGAGUGCUGUGUGUGCAGCAAGUAUCAGACAUUCAUUAAAGUCUGGACCAACACUAGUUUUUUUUAUUUUGCCUUUUAUUGCUAAGGAGACUGGUACUUUACCUAAUCACAUUCCUGGACAUAGAUGUUUAUAAAAUAAGCAAUUUUUGUUUAUGUAUGUUUCUGCAUUGCACUGUACAUGAAAUAUUUGGUGCCAAUCACAUGUUUUUGUAUUUCAAGGAAUAAAAUCAUAUUUUGGUGAA